UGGCCAAGCGCACGCAAAGCCCUGGGUCGGACCCCCGCAAGGCAACAGAGAGAAGGAUGCGCAUGGACUGCUGAUUCUGCACCCUGACACUUCUGAGUUCGGUGACCAGUUGCAACAGUAGUUCUUGAUCGAGUUUCAGCGGUAUCGACAGAUGAGGUCCAAAGCAGGAUCUCUUCUUCCUUCCAACCUGGGAGUUUUCAGGGUGGUGUCCAGCCUGGCAGCUCGGGCUGGGUCAGCAGGACAGCGGUGCCUGCAGGUGGUGAGGGAACACACCUGGAGUGAGGUCACAGGCCUCUUCCUUCAGGAGGGUCCUAGCACUCAGAGCCGAGGUCUCCACACGGGAGCUCAAGGUCACACAGGCAGCGGCAGUAGAUGGACAUUCAAUGAAGCCAGCUCACCUCAGAAUCAGAGUGUGGACCCAUCACUGUCCCUCAAGGACAAGGCAGGACACAGAUGGGAAGAGCGUUCCAGGAAGGAGACUGGACCCUGGACCCUCAAGGGUGGUGCAGGAGAGGAGAGGAAGACGCCCUCGUAAGAAGGAAGGGGGGUGCAAGAAGGGUCUUCGCAGCAGAGAGAAACCCUUACUGUAGGCCAGGGGCCGCCAGGCGCUUCCCUGGUCCCUGCCCCUCUCUGUGCCCCCAGCAGAGCUCCAGCUGACUGCACAGCCAGGUGCUCAGGGUCUGCUGCUCUGUGCCCACCUGAGGGGGGACCAGCAUCUUCCCUAAAGCAUCUCCAGGGCUGGGAGACCAAUGACCCCAGAAAAGACCCAAGAACCCAGCACCAAGAUGGACAGAAGGAGCCCCUGAGAAGGGAGGACCAGCCCCAGGUCACCGUCACCUGGAAGGGGCUGGCUCAGGAGGGCACCAGGUGCACUGGCUGCUGCCUCCUGGCCCUGCAGGGAUGAGGACAGAUCAGGCAGACAGUGGAGGGGUGAGGACAGGCACCAUUGCUGUCUGAGCUCCUGCAGGGAGCCCAGGCCCACCCACACAGUGCUGGGGAAACAGGAGACAGGAUCUCAGGGGGAGGGCACUUCUGCUUCCUCCUGGCUGCUGUGUGACACCCCACGACAGGCAGAACCCAGCCUACAUGUGGCCACACCCUGUGUGUGUCUGACCUGUCAGACUCUGCGACCUCCUCCAUCUGCAGAGCCAGGACCUGAGGAGAGGACGCCAUGACCCCCACCCUCACAGCCCUGCUCUGCCUUGGGCUGAGUCGGGGCCCCGGGACCCGAGGGCAGCAAGGGACCCUCCCCAAGCCCACCCUGUGGGCUGAGCCAGGCUCUGUGAUCACCUGGGGGAGGCCAGUGACCCUCUGGUGUGAGGGGACCCUGGAGGCCCAGGAGUACCGUCUGGAGAAAGAUGGAAGCUCAGUGCCCUGGGACAGACAGAUCCCACAGGAGCCCAGGAACAAGACCAAGUUCCCCAUCCCAACCAUGACACAGCACCAUGCAGGACGAUAUCAAUGCCACUAUCACAGCCCUGCUGGCUGGUCAGAGCGCAGUGACCCCCUGGAGCUGGUGGUGACAGUUGAGAGGACACUCAGGCGUUUGCCAAUUUUGUUUGUUCAAAAACUGAACUCUUCUUCUUAUGUUGCUUUUCAUUGUCUGACUCAUCUCCUUCUCGUGGCCAACAUGCUCUUCCUGGAGACCGUCCAUGUGCCGUGGACAGGAACACGCACUCUGUUGGGGAAAGCAUCCUGCAAAUGCUGUGAGGUCCAUCUGGCUGAGGAAGCAGCUGAAACCAACAGCCCAUCGCACAACCAGUCAGACCCCAGCACUGCCUCACGCCGUAGGGAUUACACAGUGGAGAACCUCAUCCGGAUGGGCAUGGCUGGCUUGGUCCUGGUGGUCCUCGGGAUCCUGCUGUGUCUGUCUCAGCACAGCCAGAGAGGGACCCAAAAGCCCUGCGUCUUCACCAGGUGCCACUCCUGGUUCCCCAGAGACACCAUUGCUGGGCAUCUGGUGCCGGAGGGGUACCUGGUGCUGGAGGGGCACCUGACGGGCUGCUCCACACAUUUCAAACACCCAGGUCUCCUCUUGGACCCCGCCCAGCUCGGCCCAGAACCACGCUCGCUGAGAAGCUUCCUCUUUCCUGGGAGCAGGCGAAGCAGAAGGUCUUUGGUGGGUCCUGGCCUCACUCUUCCUGAGGCCUGGCUCCCACCAGUGCUGGCCGCCUGCCUUGUGCACCCGCAGGAGGCCUUCGGCACCAUGGCCCCCAGGGAGUGCUCCCUCCUCUGUCUGGUGCUCUGCCUGGGUCAGAGGAUCCGGGCGCAGGAAGGGGACUUUCCCAUCCCCGUGGUAGCCGCGGAGCCCGGCCCCGUGGUGCCCUGGAACGGCAGCGUGAGGCUGCGCUGCCGAGGAACGCCCGGGGCCUUCCUGUACCGGCUGCUCUUCCUGGGCAACGGCACACACCGGGUGGUGGAGCGGAGGCUCGGGAUCCAGGAGGAGGCCGAGUUUCUCCUCGCCGGCCUGGACGCCAGCUCCGCGGGGCCCUACGGCUGCCAGUACCGGAAGCAGCUCCGCUGGUCAGAGCAGAGCCCAGCGCUGGAGCUGGUGGUGACAGGCUUGUACGCAAAGCCCGUCCUCUCCACGGAUCAGAGCCCGGUGUUGGUGCUGGGAAGCUACGUCUCCCUCUGGUGUGGCUCACCACACAUCCCAUUUGACAGAUUUUCACUGGCUAAGGAGGGAGUAGCUUCAUCCUCGCAGCACCAACACACGGAGCGCCAAGGCAACUUCACCCUGGGUCCUGUGAACCCCAGCUUUGCAGGGGAGUACAGGUGCUAUGGUUGGCACAGCAGCAGCCCCUAUGUGUGGUCGGCCCCCAGUGAUACUCUGGAGCUCGUCAUCGCAGACCCCAGCAGCCGGGACUACACAACGGGAAACUGGAUCCGGAUGGGCCUGGCGGGGCUGGUCCUCCUGGCCCUCCUGGCCGUGCUGGGCGAGAACUGGCAGAGCCGCAGGGCGUCACCCGAGGAUGGCCAGCAGCACCCGGCGGGCCCCACCUGGAGCACCCAGGAGCAUAGGGGAAAAGGGACCUUCCGGCCAACCACCAGUGACCACAGAUGGACCACGCCUGGUCCUGAGCGGCAGCCCUGCCUGGCUUCCUCCGCCAUCCAGCCGCCAACCCCAGUGGGUGGUCACCGCUGGCAACCUGUCACUGAGCACGAGGUUUCCCACCACCUGGGGUUGGAACCGUUGGGCACUCUGACCGGAACAGCAUCCCAGGGCCGCGUGCAGCCGCGCACAGUGGCGAACUCCUCUGCAGUGAAGCAAUGGGGGCCGGCCACGCCCACCACAUCCUGCACUGGUCCCUGGACUGCCAGCUCAGUCCACACCCGCUGCUCAGCCUUAGCUGCAGGAUCCACCAUGCCACUGACACUGGCCGCUCUGCUGUGCCUCGGGUUGCACCUGAGCCUGAGGACCAGCACCCAGAGUGAGGUCCUCUCAAGACCUGUCAUCUGGGCCAGGCCCAGUUUCCUGGUUCCAAAGGGAAGCCCGGUGACCCUGUGGUGCUGGGGGAUCCGGGAGGCUGCAGAGUAUCGCCUGCACUUUGAGGGAGGGCUUGCUGCCCAGAAGAGACCAAAACCUCCCGGACCUGCGGACAAAGUCAAGUUCCUCAUCCCCACCAUGACCUCCAGCACUGCAGGGCGGUACAGCUGCUUCUAUCGGAGCGGGGAACUCUGGUCAGAGCCCAGCGACCCCCUGGACCUGGUGGUGACAGGAAUGUACGACACGCCCACCCUCUCGGUUCAGCCCGGACCUGAGGUGGCCCCGGGGGACAGCGUGACCUUCUUUUGCCACCUAGACACGGCAACCAGCACUUUCUUUCUGCUCAAAGAAGGACGGCCCAGCCGUACACAGCGCAGCCACGGGAGAGCCCAGGCAGAGUUCCCUGUGGGCCCGGUGACCGCGGCUCACCAGGGGACCUACAGAUGCUUUGGCUCCUACAACGACCACGCAUGGUCCUGCCCCAGUGACCCCGUGACACUCCUGGUCAGAGGAGACACGGGGAACAGCAGCCUUGCACCCACAGAGCUGGAUACUUCCCCAGACUACUGGGACCCCCAGCUGGUGACCACAGGGUCGGGAUUCCAGAAAGACCCCACCCGCUGGGACCCCAGGGCGCAGAAUCUCCUUCGCAUCGGCCUGGCCUCCCUGGUGCUGGUGGCUCUAGCGUGGCUCCUGGUUGAAGACUGGCUGGGCAGGAGGAGGGCUCCGGGGGCCCGCAGGGCUGCUCACUGUGAAUGCAGGAGGCUGAGAACGCAGAGCUCCCCUGAAGAAGGACCGAGCGGCCAGUGCCCACGGGUGGCCCUGAAGGCGGCUCCUCGGCCUCAGGCCUUGUGAGCUCUGCCUUGGACCCUGGAGGAGAGGGUCAUCGCGGGAAUCGGGACCAAGGAAGUGGCUGCUCCGCGGGAGGCAGGCGGUGGAAAGCAGACCAUCCUGUGGGAUGCAUCUUUGGGUCCACCUUACUGCAAACCAGGCGUGGCGCCAUGCUGCUCUUGUUUUGAAAGCCUCUCUCCUCCUUCAGAAGCAUGGCUUGAAGCGGUCCUGCCCACUGUGUUCCGGCGUUCCCUUCCUUCCCUCCUCUGCAGGAUGCAUUCAACAUAAUUGCCCACCAGUGUUGAGGAGGCCUGCCAAGCUCUCCGGAGUCCUUGAGGCCACAGUCGCCCAUGGAAUGCAGGCCCUGGGCAAACAGUGCUUCUGCCCACGCCCGCCCCGUCUCCAGAGCCCUGAGUGGGCAUUGUCUCCUCCAGGAGCGCAUCCCGAAUCCUCCAGACGAUGCCACGUGUCCCCCAACGUUCCCGGCUUUUCCUUACGAUAGUGUUUGAGCAUGCAUGAUGCUGUGUGGACACCAUCCCCAUGUGGGCAGAGUGAGCACGUCCAGGCCAGCUCCAGGGCUGUGCUGCUGUCCCCACCUCGAGGGAGCUUCCCGAGGACUUGCUGUGUGAACAGAUGCAGGAGCAGGGCUGACUGACAGCUGGGGACUGGAGAAGCGGAGCCCUGCAGUGCAGCCUGGGCCCCUCCCCUCCUAUGGGGGCUUCUUCCCAGUGCACCACGGAUACACUGAAGGGCCUCUGCUCCGCUCCUUCUGGCUCCUCAUGGGAUCAAGGGAAUUUUCCAAAUCUGAGUUUCCUGUUGAAUAUCAGCAGAUAGCAGGUCCAAGCUCAGAGACAACCUGACUAGUAAGAACCCAGCCAAGGCUCCAGAGUCCACAUUGCUCACUGCAUGGCCAGGACCAUUAUUCUUUGUGUCAUAGGCGAUGGGAGGUUGGACCAGCUCUCCUCAUUACCAGGGUCCCAGUUCUGAACUUUCUUUCCUCUGCUCCUCAUUGGCCAGGUGUUCUAAGGUCCAAGAAUUUCUAAAUUCAUAUCAAAUUUUAGUCUCCCAACAGCAUCUUCAUCCCAAGAUGAGAGGGACUAGUUUGGAGUGGGUUUGUGAGACUUGGACUAUUUUAUAUUCUAAAAUAUGGCAAGAGAGACUCUUAAGGAAAGUAAUGCAUAAGGUACAAGUUCUUAUGUCCCAAGGCUUACAUGCGGGGCUUGGCCAGUCCUCAAGGGCUGAGGGCCCUGACCAGCGAUACCCAUGUCCUCACCAGUCCAUUAAAAUCUCUCCCAAAACAUCACAGGGUGAGGCCAGUUGCCAUAGUUGUGUUACACGUUUCGAAAUCCUGAACAUACUCCAUAAGCCAGCAGUAAAUGAAGGGUGAGGAGGCAGAACACCAAAAAUCUCAGCUACCAAGCUACGUAAUAUUCAAAGGCAGUAUGUCCAUGAUGAA